AUGGUGUUGCUAAGCGUGUUUGCGGUCGAGCGGGUGUAGUUUUUCUGCCAGAAUGGCACAAGAAAGACACACAACAAAACCGGAGACUAGGCAGUGACCAAAAUCCACGAGGAACUAGGUCAGGCCGAGGUUUCGGGAGGCUCCUAGACUGGGCAAAGGACCUUGGUUGCAGUGCGAGGUGGCCAGCGGUUGGCAAGGAGGGGCUCUGUUGCUUCCUUCGCCCAGCCAAUGGCCGCUUCUCGGUGCGAAGCUUUUCGAGAGCUGCCUCCUUGGCUGAAGGAAGGGGACGCGUUAAUGAUUGUUGGGAAAGUGUUCGUCGGCGCCUUUGGCAGAAGCGGAGGAGCUGGAGGCACGUUCGGAAAAGCUGAGACGGCCGACGCGCGCUCUUGAGGCCCCUUUGCAGGCGGGCCGACGUUUGGGAAUUGCUCCUUGGGCCGAACAAAUCAGUGGCACGGGGAGCUGGAGAAAGCGCGCGGGAAGGACUGGCGGCCCUCUGGAGGUUGCCUGUUGAAGAAAGGAGCUGCAGUAAACCCAAAGGGGAAAAGGCUUAGUGGGGAAGAGGAUUUUGUGGCGCCUUUUUUUCGGAGCGCCCCAGCCCUGGCGUUCGAGUUGGCGCAGACUGCUUUCUCCCCCCGCCCCCUUUGAAAGCAAGAGUUGCGGUUGCGGUUAGUACUCCGAGGAGGGAGGGAGGGAGGGAGACAGACAUUUAGGAGUUUCUGACCGCGGCUGCAAAAGUCAGCAGCGACCUCCGCAAGCAGCCAUUUCCAGCAGCUCAGUCCCUGGUUUCUCCGGUUGAAUGUUGAUAAACCGAGAUGAACGCCGCCAAGCGCUUGCCCUUCCGCGCGGAGUUAGUUAAAGAUCGUCUUUAUUUUGCCAUUCUGUUCCAUAAACCAAAAAGCGGUAGUACAAAUACACACUAUUUCUGCAUAGAUGAUGAAUUUGUGUAUGAAAACUUCUAUGCAGAUUUUGGCCCUCUCAAUCUGGCAAUGAUUUACAGAUACUGUUGCAAGCUAAAUAAAAAAUUAAAGUCUUUUACCAUGUUAAGGAGAAGAUUGUUCCAUUAUUGUGGUUCGGAUCAGAAAAAGCAAGCCAAUGCAGCCUUCCUCAUAGGCUGCUACACAAUAAUAUACCUUAGAGAAUCUCCGGAAAGUGUGUACAGGCAUUUACUAUUUGGGAAUGUUUCAUAUGUUCCAUUCAGGGAUGCUGCAUUUGGUACCUGUACUUUUCAUCUAACUCUGCUUGACUGUUUCCAGGCAAUAAAUAAGGCAUUGCAGUAUGGCUUCCUUGAUUUCAAUACGUUUGAUGUAAAUGAAUAUGAGCAUUAUGAAAGAGCAGAAAAUGGAGACUUCAACUGGAUAAUACCCAAAAAAAUCAUGGCCUUCAGUGGACCUCACUCAAGAAGUAGAAUUGAAAAUGGGUAUCCACAUCAUGCUCCUGAAGCCUAUUUUCCAUACUUCAGAAGACAUAAUGUUACCACUGUAAUCCGCCUGAAUAAGAAGAUGUAUGACGCUAGAAGAUUUAAAGAUGGAGGGUUUGACCAUUAUGAUCUCUUCUUUGCUGAUGGAAGCAUACCUAAUGAUGCUAUCAUCAAAGCAUUUCUGAAUAUUUGUGAGAACGCUGAAGGUGCUAUAGCAGUUCAUUGCAAAGCUGGACUUGGCAGAACUGGUACACUUAUAGCGUGUUAUAUUAUGAAGCAUUACAGGAUGACGGCUGCUGAAACUAUUGCCUGGAUUAGAAUUUGUAGACCUGGCUCUGUGAUUGGAACUCAACAACAUUUCUUGUUGGAGAAACAGUCAGAACUUUGGAUGGAAGGUGAUGUUUUUCGUUCAAAACUAAAGAAGACUCCAAAACUUGCAGUGACAAAAAUCCUUUCAGGAGUAGAUGACAUUUCAAUUAACGAUUCAAAAAAUCAGAAUGCCAGCAGAAAAGAUUCUGAACCGUACAGUGAUGAGGAAGAAACACACACAGUAACACAAGGGGACAAGCUCCGUGCCCUUAAAAGUAAAAGGCAGGCAAAAGCAUAUUCAGUUCCAUUAACAGUAAUUCUGCAAUCCAGUGUUCAGAAAAGUAAACAGUCUGAACCUAGCAUUUCUGACAGUGCAGGCCUUUCUAAAAGAACUACCAGGUCUACUGCAAGAAAAAGCAGUUUUAAAAGUCUCAUGCCUCAGAGGGAAAGAAGGAAAGGGGAUGCUUCACAACAAAUACGCUUAUGCACUACUCCUAAGACAAGGACGAGAAGUGUGCUGCGUUGAACAAUGGAAAUUCAAGAGAAUGCAGAGAGAGAAAAAGAGACAUUGUUUUCAAUUAAAACAUUGAAGAUUGAUUUUUUUUCUUUUAAAAAGUGGUCUAUUUUAGCUCUUAUACAAGAGUGUUAAUUUAUUGUCAUUACAACAAUGAUUUUUUUACUGCUUUAAUAAUGGCCUGUAAAUUUUAGCCUUUUGUCUAAUAUCUCUUUUAUCAAGAGAACUUUUUUUUGUACAAUGCUUAGGGAUAAAAUGUGAUGGCAAUCAUUUGAUCUUAUGUCCAACAAUUGAUAGGGGGAAUGCAUAUAUUAUUUGUUUGAUGUAUAAAUUUCCAUCCAAAACUGGUUUUCUCUUAUGAUAGAAACAGAGAAAUUGGGAAAGUAUACUCUUCUUCCCUUCAUUCCCCCAAUAAUAUGAUUGCUCUUUGCAUACAUUACCUAUCCUAAUUGUAUUAGGAUUUUUAUCAUAUAUUUCUAAACUACUAUCCACCAAAGAGUGCUUUAUUUUCAUAGAUUUAGUUCCUAGUCUUGCAAAUUAUACCACUGCCUAAAGUGUUACUUACUACUUUUAAUUAAUAGAAACAGCUGGGAAGAAUUGUAACAAAUUGUGUGCUGUUGGAAUAUCACAGUCUUAAUUGUUAAACUACUAGUGAAUUAAAACCUGUUGUACAGCUACUUCAGAUUAUAAUUGGACAAAAUGCAGUAGAAAAAUACGGCUUUUCAAAUGUUCUCUAUGUACUUAUACAUUUACCCCUUUCUCAUUAAAAGAAAUGCUAACACUGCUUACAAAUUGGAGAUCCUGUUCUCAGACACCAUUCCUUCCUAGCAUUAAAGAUUGCAUGGUAGUGAUUCUCCUAAUAGUCAGGUAUUCAUUUUCUUCAGAAAUAGGUGGUUGAAUUUGUUUUCUUCUGUAUGCAAAAUUAGUGGCAUGUCAAUGUUGUGAUUCCAAUGACAUGUCAACAGGUUGAAUAGAAAAGGAGUUUAAUUUGCCAUUUCUCCAUGUCAUUAAAAUUCAAAGUUUAUAAUUACAAAUCGUCUCGAUUUACGAGCACGAAUCAGCCUAAAUUUUCUGUUGCUAAAUGAAAUGAUUGUUAAGUGAAUUUUGUCCUAUUGCAUGAUUUUCUUGCUCCGAUUGCUAAGUGAAUCUGCUUUCCCCAUUGACUUUGCUUGUCAGAAGGUUGCAAAAGGUGAUCACAUGACCCUGGGACAUCGCAACCGUCAUAAAUAUGAACCAGUUGCCAACUGGCCAAGUGACCAUGGGGAUGCGGCAAUGAUCAUAAAUCAGUCUUUUCAGUGUGAUUGAAUGCUUGAAUGGUCACUUAAUGGUUGUAAGUUGAGGACUACCUGUAUUCACUUUUCAGUGCAGAAGCAGCAGCACAUCUGUACUGAAAUCUAAAGAAAGACAGUGGACUAUAAUUAUUAACAUUCUUAGACUUCAAAAGCUAAGCAAGAAUUGUUAUAACCAUUAUCUUGUCCCAUUUGGAUUUCAAAGUCCUUGCAAGGAAAAUUUAGUUACAGGUAACACAGGUCAUCCUGAUGAUGGGUUGUGACUCUUGUUAGCCCUCGCCAACACGAUUGAAGAUAAGAAUUGCUGUCUAGUAUCUGUAAGGAUAGGGGUUGCCCAUCCCUGGUACAGAGACUUUGCUGUACUGUAACCUGCUCUAUAUUUCUGUAGUAAAGAAUAAUAUGUAAAAAAAAAAAAUGCUUGCUGGAUCUGAAGCUCAAAAUAUCUGUGGCUAACCAUACCAAUAAGAAUGUUGGGAGUCUGUUUUGAACAGGUGCCUUGUAGGAGUAAGGUUAAAUUUUAGGAAUGUGGUUUUGCUUUUAAAAAGCCCACAUACCAUUAGUACUAAAGAGACCUGCGCCAUGUUUUAGGCUGAUCAGUCAUUUUGAUAUUCAUAACUACUUUAACAGUUUUAUACCAUUAAGUCUCUUAUUGAAUCCAAGCAGCCACUUCAUGAUGAUUUGUCUCCAACCUGGCUCUUCAGAAAUUUUAUUGAUUCAUUCAUUUCCAUUGUAAUGAAUGUUCCCUUGAUCUAUUUUGCUGCUGAUUGUCUUCCUUUUCUCUUUCCGCAGCAUUGUAAACCUCUCAAGAGGACAAAGCCUUCAUAUAAUGUGUCCAAAAUAUGAUGAUUUGAGUGUAGUCACAUGUUUCAUUUGAAAUUUAUGGAUUUAUUUUAUCUCUGAACCAUUUAUUUGUUUUCUUGGCUAUCUAGGACAUUCUCAAGAAUCUUCCACCACCAAAAUUCAGAAGGACCAGUCCCCUUUUUAUACUGUUUCUUCAAAGUCCAAUGGUUGCUUCCAUAGAGUGUCAAGGCCUACAUGAUCUGAUCUUUCUAAACAUAGACACAUUGGUAUCUAUUUUUCAUAAGGACUUCAUUGUUACCUUACCAAGUACCGUGUAUGGUGUAUUUCUUGACAGUUUGUUCCCUUAUUAUUGUCUAUCCUAAAAAGCAAAAGCUAUUCACCAUUUCAUUGUCUAUAUUCAUUGUCAAUUUAAGACUAUUUGUUCCAUCUGUUGUCAUUAGUUUAGUCUUCUUUAGUCUUAGACCUAUUUUUUUCACUGUGCUCAUUAAGUUUCAUUUCUAGAGGUCUCAGAUCAUUUGUAUUUUCAGCAGAGGGCAAGUUACUGGUGUUUCUUUUUCCAGUUUUAAAACCAUCCUCAUCUUUUUCCAGUCCAGCCUCCCUUAUUCAGCUUAUG